AUGAAACCCAAAACGGAUGUUCUUAUUGUCGGCGCAGGCCCAACUGGCCUCGUCCUUGCUCUGUGGCUCCACCACCAAGGUGUCAAUGUCCACAUUUUUGACCAGGCAGAGGGUCCGGCGAAAAACUCAAGAGCGAUAGUUGUUCAUGCCCGUAUAGUCGAGAUGUAUAGACAACUUGGAUUGACCGAAGACUUGCUGGCACUCGGGUACAAGCUGCCGUCGACAAAUCUCUGGGUACACACGGAGCACAAAGCACACAUUUCACUAGAAGACUUUGGCCGCGAGUUGACUCCAUACCCGUUCAUGCUAAGUGUACCGCAAGACGACCAUGAAAGAAUGCUUGAAAAGCGACUGAAUGACGUAGGGAUCCAUGUUGAACGAGGGUCAAAGUUGCAAGGCUUUGUGGACCAUGGGUCAAGCAUCACUGCUACUCUGUUUAACGAGAGCGCUGAGAGCUCAACCACACAUGAGGCGUCAUACAUAGUUGGUUGUGAUGGAGCACAUUCAGCUGUUCGCCACGGGAUUGGUGCCAAAUUCGAGGGCGAAACAUACAAACCGCUGUUCUAUAUUGCCGACGUCGAAGGCAAAAGCGACAAGCAUUUCAACGGCGAAGGGAACGUGGUGUUCACCAACGACACUUUCAACCUGGUAGUCCCGUACAACAAAACAGGUCAUGCACGAUUAGUUGGCAUCAUAAUGCCGACCAACGACGACGAUGACAAUCAUGAAUCGUCAGAACAUGAGCAUCAGAUCACAUUCGAUGACGUUCGACCGCAAAUCAUGCAAGUGAUGGAUAUCGACAUCACAAAAGUCAACUGGUUCUCCACCUACCGCAGUCACCACCGUGUGGCCGACAAAUUCCGCAGCAACCGAGCGUUCCUUGUUGGGGAUGCGGCUCACAUCCAUAGCCCGGUUGGCGGGCAGGGCAUGAACACCGGCAUCAUGGACUCGAUCAACUUAGCGUGGAAGCUAGCAACGGCCCUCAAACAAACAGACAUGACCGAAGAAGCAAAACACCAACUGUUGGAAUCAUAUGAGUCCGAGCGCCGCUCAUUUGCUAUGAUGAUAGUCAAGUCGACGGACACGGGGUUUACGACAUUGACUUCGAAAGGAUUCUUCCCGCAUAUUCUUCGAAAUUGGCUGAUUCCAUACCUUGUGCCCCUCCUUUUGAAAUUCGAUUUUACCCGAACCAGAAUCUUCCGGGGGGCUUCUCAGCUCAUUUGCAACUAUAGGGGCAGCACUCUUUGUCAGACUGGCGAAGGGACCGUGCAGCCUGGCGACCGUCUUCCGUGGGUUGAAAUCAACGAGGUGGACAAUUUUUCGACCUUGCGAGAUGUUUCUUGGCAGCUCCAUAUCUACGGAGAGUCUGUGCCGGAACUUGAGAAGUGGGCCCGGGAGAUGAAAGUGAAGGUUUUUGUUUUCCAUUGGCACGAUCAAUACGGCAAAGUCGGACUUGUCAAGAAUGCUGUCUACUUGCUGCGACCUGAUCAGUAUAUUGCAGGCAUUUUUGAGGGCUCCUCUGUUGAGAGCCUGGACGAGUACUUUGCUACUCGGGGGUUUUCCCUGGGUAGAGACUAG